AUGGCAGCCACAGCCGCCCAACCAACUCCGUCAAAUGCAGGUCUUGGUCUGUCGAUUGCAACAGGCGCCCACGCUAUGCGCCAGGUAUACGACGAGUCUGUGUCGCAGUCUGCAGGUUCGGUGGGUACCAGAGGUACAUCACACCACCGGCUGUCAGAUUCAAGCAUGCAAGCAUCAGCAUCAGCAUCAGCAUCAGCACAAAAUAAGCAGCUCGUUCCCGCCAGCAACCUUCAGCAGGAGCCACAUCUCAGACUCCAGCAAGACCAUCCCUGGGCGCCACGGAUCCUCCAUCGUUCUCCUACUAUCCAACUCCAGCAACCAACACAUCAUCACCCCUACACCCGGUAUUCGCCACCAUCACACCGCGCACCAUAUAGCGGCCAGCUCACUCAGAAUACUGCACAGCCUCAAGCACCACCAGUGCCGCCCAUGCAUCGCGCCAGCUCCACCAGUGUUAGCCAGACUGCGGUGCCCACAUCCGGACCAAUGCUAGCAGGCUCACCUAUGGUUGUGGCCCAGACUCCAGUAAUGGCAGGUGGCAUCAGCAUGGACAACCCUGAGCAGACAUGCCGGUAUGUGCUAGACAUCCUUGGUCAGCAAAUGAAGCGCAUAGACGCGCAGCAAGAAUCACUGACGCAGCUGCGUGAGUCCACAAGAUCCGCCAUGAAGCGUGUUGAAAACAUUUUGCAGACGCAUAUUCGUAAUAAUUGA